UUCUCCUCUUCCCCUCGCCUGCACAGAGCUCCAACCGCGCCGCUGCCCCGCCGCCGUACCCGAUCUACCUCGUCGUCGUCGGCACCGCCGCCCGCGAUUUCGGGCGUUGGUCUUCGAGGUACGAGCCCCCUUCGCCACCCAGGGAUCACUGAGGUCCACGGAUUCCGGGCGCGCCCCAUCUGGAUCCGUCCCCUGAAUCCUAGGGGCGGGCUCCCGGAGGAUCGGAUGCGGCCAUGAGUUUGCCGGGGAAGAAGGCCCCGGCCGGGGCCGGCGGGAUCCGGCGGUGGCUCUCCACCGUCGUGCUGUCCGCGCUCGCGCUGCUGCUGGCCCUGGUGGUGAUCUCGCUCUCGCUGGGAUCGCCCCUGCCCGGGGCAUCGAUACACGAGUACCUCACCGUCAGACCCAGUGACCCGAAGGGGUACGAUGCAGCCACUGAUGGGAACAAUGAUUCUACCAUUGCUGUUCCAUUAUCAGAGAAAGAGUUGCAGCAGGGUGGCCAGGAACCCCUGGCCGCGCACAGUGACCAAAGUGGUACCCUGAAUUCGAGCGAAGAUCCAGCUGCGGUCGGUAACAAAAUACUGGAUCCAGUCGUUUUAGACGAUGUCACGCCAAAAAUCGAGGAGGGAACCAUCCCUGGUGCACCAGAUUCAUCCAGUGAUUCCCAAAGGCCCGAUCAAGGCACCUGUGAUCUGUACCGCGGGGAGUGGGUUCUCGAUUCGUCUGGGCCGUUGUACACGAACAACUCCUGCCCUAUUAUUACGCAGAUGCAGAACUGCCAGGGAAAUGGGCGGCCGGACAAGGACUACGAGGCUUGGAGAUGGAAACCUGAACAGUGCAUCCUCCCUCGCUUUGAUGGAAGCAAGUUCUUGGAGCUGAUGAGAGGCAAGACGCUUGCCUUUGUUGGGGACUCGGUUGCUCGAAAUCAGAUGGAGUCCCUCCUCUGCAUCCUGUGGCAGGUAGAAACCCCAGUAAAUCGUGGCAGCCGCAAGUGGAACAGGUGGAUCUUCAGGUCAACAUCAACAACUAUCAUCCGCAUCUGGUCUUCUUGGUUAGUACACAGAUCAAGUGAAGCUGUGGGGAUUGCUCCUAAGGGUCUUGAUAAGGUUUUCCUGGAUAUAGCAGAUGAGACGUUCAUGGAACAUAUCCCAACUUUUGAUGUACUUGUCCUUUCAUCUGGACAUUGGUUCGCCAAACGAUCAGCCUAUAUCCUAAAUGGCAAUGUUGUCGGAGGGCAGCUCUGGUGGCCUCGUCAAGCUGGAGAAAUGCAGAUCAACAACAUUGAUGCCUUUGGAAUCUCAGUCGAGACUUGCCUGACUGCUUUGGCGACUAACCCAAAUUUCACAGGUAUAGCUGUUCUGCGCACAUUCUCGCCAGAUCAUUACGAAGGUGGGGCAUGGAACACUGGUGGAUCAUGCACCGGGAAGGUUAAGCCCUUGGAUGAGGUGGUGAGGAAUGGGUUCACAGAUACAAUGUAUGGAAAACAAGUCGCAAGCUUCAGAAAGGCAGUGCAGAAUUCUGGGAAACAUAGCUCCAAAUUGAAAUUGAUGGACAUAACUGAACCCUUUGCCUUGAGAGCUGACGGUCAUCCUGGCCCGUACAGAAGUCCUGACCCAAACAAGAAGACUCAGAGAGGGCCAGAUGGAAAACCUCCACCUCAGGAUUGUCUACAUUGGUGCAUGCCAGGACCUGUCGAUACAUGGAACGAGAUGUUGUUUGAGACUAUACGAAGAGAAUUCGAGGGAGAUAGCAGCUGAAGAAAAAUGUUUGCUCAUAACUUGGUACUACGCGGUACGUUCUGUGACUCUGCUAAACAUCAGUGUACAUGAGAUCGCUUGCGAUGUUGUUGUUUUACCACAAAUAGGAAGGAAUACAGUCUUAGAUGCAAAAAAAAAACAGAUUAGGAGUGCUUGACAACACUUGAGAUAGGACUGGGAGGUUAAGAGGAGAUUCUUUUUGGUUGGUUGGGAUGGUGGGAGGGUGUUGGGCAUGAGAUUUAGCUCUUCGAGUCCAAAACUCCCAAUCCCUUGCAAGAGGUAUGGAAAAGGGUGGAGAUAGUGGCCAUAUUUUUUGCCUGGCACCUUGUCGUACAAAACAAUUUGUCGCCAAAUUUUGUAGAACUGAAUACCCUAUGGCUCAAACUGGUGUUACGAGCUCUGACUGAGUAUUUGCAAGUUGCUAGGAGGGAAAUGCAAUUUCUCUUUUGCCCAAAUAAUGUUCUUCUCUUGCCACCAUUGUAUUAUGAUUAUCUGCAAAUAUUGAUUGUAGAAAGCACACAUGUAUUUGCUCUUGCUUAGAUGUGUCCAGUACUAUGAUAUUGUUCUGUUGUUGAAGAAACGGUAUAACAAACA